UGAAUCCUCGUCAGGUUACAAAACGAUUCCGCUUCUCCGCUUCCAAAAUAAAUAUCCACCACAGUCUCUAGAUUGUUCUUCACACGCCAUUUCCAUUUCUUUUUCACCCUUUGCUAAACGAAUCUCUCUCAUUUGCUCUUUUGCUAUCUCCUUCUUUAGGUUUUUCUCUACCUUUCUCUGUUUAACGAUGACUCAGGAAGAAGUUGCUGCUACUAACGGCGCUGCGGCGGAGAAGUCUGUUGUCUUCACGGCGUACAAGCCCCAGCUGAUCGUGGAGGCUCAGAAGGUCGGCGAUGCCGUUGCUUUCUACAAGUCCGUCUUCGGUGCUGUCGAGACCGGACAUUCUCUCUACCCUAAGCGUAAGGCUGACCAGGAGAUCCCUCACCUUCUCUCUGCUGAGCUCAAGCUCGCUGGUGCUACCAUCGUUGUCAGCGACGUCUCCCUUAACUCUGGUUCUGCUGCGAAGACUGGGACUGUGUCUGCAAUCCUCGAAACGGAUGACGUUGAAGCUGCUGUUACGAAAGCCGUUGCCGCCGGAGCUGUGAAAGUGGAGGACGUAUCGGAGGUUGAAGCUGACGGUGGAGUCAAGGGGAAAGUGACAGAUCCCUUUGGUUUCACCUGGAUCUUCUCUUCUCCGGCGAAGAAGACCGAUAACGACGCUAAUAAAGAGGCCUAACUGUCGUCGGAUCUGAUUUUUCGUCGGUUUCUGGACAAAAUUCCUACUAUCCUAUUUUCCCUUUCGGCUUUUAUUUUGUCUUUUGUCAAAUCCGGUAUGUCAGUAAACCGGAUCGAUUAGCUAAUGACUUGUUCAGUUUAAUUUCACCCUUUUGACGAUGACUUUGGUGAAAGUAAAUCAAAUAUCUCGGAUAUUAUGCUUCGUUGA